AUGUCUGCACCAGGGUCUGUGACCACAGGAGUCAGUAACGCCUCACUUCCCAACCAGAGCACGACCAAUCCAGUCUGCUGUGAACAUGAUGACAGAUCAACUGAUCUCGUCUUCAUCCUAGUCUACAGUGUGCUCUUUUUGGUGGCCUUGGUACUCAACAGCUUCACCUUGUGGAUUCACUGCUGCCAACCUCAAAGAAACGCCUCGAAAAGCUUCAUGAUCUACAUGAAGAACUUGACAGCAGCUGACUUUCUUCUCUGCCUCAGCCUGCCGCUUCGCAUCAUCCACUACGCAACCAGAUCUGUCACCAUCCACCUGCUCUACUGCAGCUUUGGAGCCUCCAUACUGUUCCUCAACAUGUACGCCAGCAUCCUGUUCAUGGGCUACAUCGCUUUGAACAGGUAUUUUAAGGUGGUCCAUCCUUUUGGAGCCUUCUUCCUGCUGACCAAACGAGCUGCAUGCAUCACCUGCUUGACCACAUGGGUCUUUCUCCUGACUCCGAUGACAGUGUACUCCACCGUGCUGCUAAAAUCCCGGAAACCUGACUGGUCUUGUGAAAAAAGCUGUGAGGACCUGCACAGCGAUUCCGUCAAACUGAUCUAUAGAACUUUUCACAUCGGUGCUUUCGUCAUCUUUCUGUUGGUGUCCUUCUCAAUGGUUUUCAGUUACUACAGUGCCUCCCGCAGGGUGUUGCAGGCUCAGCAGAGUCAGUCCGCCUCCUUCGGCUCCAGGAAGCUUCAGAGGUCCAGGAGGAAAAUGUUGGUUCUCAUCUGCAUCUUCUGCAUUUGCUUCGUUCCUUACCACCUGAUCCGACUCCUGUAUACGUUUCUGCACCAGCUGUACUCCUCGGAUCGGGUGUUUCAUUACCUCAUGGAGUUCACCACCAUUGUUUCAAUCCUUAAUGUCUGCCUGGAUCCGCUUGUUUACUUCAUCUUCUGCAAGGAUUUUCGGGUUCAUCUGAGGCUGAGGCUCAGAGUUGCCCAUCAGGAGGAGAAUGAGGCCAGGAGGAGCAACGAGGAGCAGCUAAGGAGCAUUAACCUCAACAAGGCCGUGACGCCCAGCACAACAUCACGGUCAACUGGUGAGGUUUAGCGUGUUAAAGACCAGAGGGUUCACACUCAGAAAACUGAUGGCAAACCCAUUAAAAUGUGUAUAAUUUUUAGCCUUGAAAAUGACCACAGCUUAAGCUUAUUAUGU